CACAACUGGGCAGGGCCUCGUCUCAGAGCCGCAGAGAUAAUGAGCAGGGUGGCAGCAGGAGAGAGAAGAGCGCUCAUCGGGGAACUCUUCUCACUUCUCCGAUUCACGGAGCUGGAUGGACAGUGACACAAGGAGUCGGCCUUUUCAGGGAUCUUUCUGAGUCACUUUUUAUUUUGGAUUCUUUUUCCACCGACUCAACGACGAGCAAACAACCUGCAUUAUUUAACAUUAAUGCGUAGAGAAGAAGCGGCCUCAUGCGCGCGUUUCAUAGAUAAGGAUGGAGAAUCAAAACGGCAUGCUGAACUCCACAGCGUCUCCAAACAGCUCUCAGGCUUCAGCCGUGAACGGGUCUGAGUCACAAUGUGAAGUGGACCACACAAUGCUGCAGAUGCCGCUGGCCGUGCUCUACUCCAUCAUCUUCCUCCUGGGCCUCACCGGGAACCUGCUGGCUCUCUGGGUUUUCUUCUUCGUUCAGUGCAAGAGGAACUCCAUGCGGGUCUUCCUCAUCAACCUGGCUCUGUCGGACGUGCUGCUGGCCCUCUGCCUGCCGUUCAGGAUCCAGUACCACCUGGUGGGGAACCGGUGGACGCUGUGGCCCUGGCUGUGUAAACUUGUGGGCUACUUCUUGUACAUGAACAUGUACAUCAGCAUCACUCUGCUGGGGGUGAUCAGCGUCGACCGCUACCUGAAGAUCUACGGCAGCGUAAGGAUCCGCCGUAAGAUGCAGUCCCCGACGUGGAGCGUCGUCGCCUGCGUCAUCAUCUGGGCGCUGUCCCUAGCUCUCAUGCUACCGUUCGUCACCGCAAAAAGUGAAAACUCAGAAAUGUGUUUCCACUACAGGAGAAUUGAGAAGGAGGAGAGUUGGAAAGCCAAGAUCAACAUCGCUGUGCUGGUGGCCUUCUGGCUGGUCUUCAUCUCCCUGACAGUGUCCUACGGAAGGAUCGGCCAGAAGCUCCGCUGGAGAUCGCAGGAGAGGCCGGACCUGCCCACCGCGCCCCAUUACAGUCGAGUCGCCCGCAAGUCCUUCUUCAUCCUCUUUCUCUUCUUCGUCUGUUUCGUUCCCUAUCACGUCAGCCGGGGGUUCUACAUAAAAACCCAGAUCACGGAGGUGAGCUGUGACUGGAGGAACUUGGCGGAUAAAAUCAACGAGAUAUCGUUGGUGAUUUCUACCCUCAACAGCUGCCUGGACCCCGUCAUGUUCUUCCUGCUGUCCGCCACGGUGAGGCGGGAGGUGGGGCGCUUCGUGAGCAGCGUGCUUCGUGUCCGAGGCGGCGGCGGAGCCAUUAGGACUACCUCCAGCACCGACCUGGACAGCAAGACCGAUAGGAGGCAGUCAAAUGUCCACUUUGUCUGCAAUCUGAAUGAGAAGGAAACGGCUUCAUCCAGCUCUGAAUGAGCUGAGCUGCAGAAGAAGGCAUUCCUGGGUGGUCCCGCUUUUCCUUUGAUGUUUUAGGAAGAGUACAACGUUGGAAAGACUGAUAGACAAGAGCCACCGGCGUAUUCUUACCAUUCAUCCAUUUAUAACUUUAAUAUAUCUAUUUUUAUAUUAUCCUUUAUACUCUCAAUAGUGUUAUACAGACAUAAAAGAAGGAGCAACAUCUAAAGUGUGUUGCAAAAGUGACCAAACCCACUUUCAAAUUGUGUCACAUUACAACCGCAAACCCAAAUGUAUAUUAUUAGAAUUUCCUGUCUCAGACCAAAAAAAACAACGUGUUGUGUAAUUGUGAGGUGAAAUGAAAAGACACAUCGUAUUCUGUCCAUCCAUCUGUUGUCUGCACCCGCUUGUCCUUGCAAGGUCACAGCAGGGCUGGUGCUUCCUCUUUUUCAAUAUAAAGAAAUCUGAAAAGUGGGCAUGCUCCGAUGGUGCAGGGGGAGCGAACGCGAUCCGUAUACGGAGGCCAAAGCCCCUGACGCGGCUGACCCGGGUUUGAUUCCGGCCGGAGGUCCUUUCCUGCAUGUACCCCCCCCCUCUCAAAUCUCCUUUCUUGUCUAGGCUACUGUGAGAAAAAUAAGCCGCCAGCGCCGCAAAAACCCAGAAAAACAAUAUGAAACAAAAAAA